AUGGUGACUGAUGCAUGCGCUGCUUUCGACCAGAGUGUUCUUCUGGAGCUGGGCAAGGCUUUUGAUGGGCCCGUGUCGGACGGAGGCUCGGACGUUGACUUCGGCCAGGCCAGCUCUUCUUUCUUGUCUCCGCUGGGGAGGGCGGGGAUGGUUUCACACCUCAAGCAGGAGUUAGUCUAUCAGCUUAUUACAUCGCCUCGGCCAGCUUCUAACUAUGGAGCGCUACUACCCUGUGUGCAGACCUGGACAUUCUCGACCCCUCCUCUGUUCUCUCGGCUGGAUGGUACCCUCCGUCAAGCGGACGAGCCGCCCGUUCCCCCUGGAGCCCCUCCUUCGGACGACUCGAGGGAAGAAAGGCCUUUCUUCCCUUCACUGCAGGUACGGCUGGUCUUCUUCAUGUUAUACGUUGUCCUGAUCCUUGUUUCCCCGCUUGUCAUGCAUGCCGUCGCUUGCGUGGUUGGUGUAGCGGUUUUCGCUGCCUCAUUCGUUUCCUAG